UCUGAAAAAAAAUUUCAUACAUACGUUCAAAUCGAUAAUCGAAAAGUAGAGCGAACAAAAAUAAAUUUGCUCAUAACAUGUAUCUUCCUCGACUGUUGACAAGUGUAAAUUGUAAACGGAUACUGCGAGUAACGCAACAGCGUAUCUUCACCGAAACGUCUCGCAGAUGGGUGACGAAGAUGACGGUGCGCGAUGCACUGAACAUGGCGCUCGACGAGGAAUUGGCUCGAGACGAAAAGGUGUUUAUAAUAGGAGAGGAGGUCGCAGAAUUCGAUGGGGCUUACAAGAUAACGCGCGGCCUCUGGAAGAAAUACGGCGACAAGAGGUUGAUCGACACACCGAUCACGGAAGCUGGAUUCUGCGGUAUCGCCAUCGGCGCGGCGCUCUUGGGCCUAAAGCCGAUAUGCGAAUUUAUGACCUUCAAUUUCUCCAUGCAAGCUAUCGAUCGUAUCGUCAAUGGCGCCGCGAAGAAUCUUUAUAUGUCCGCAGGAAGAUUCCCCGUUCCUAUCCUGUUCCGAGGUCCAAACGGUAACGCCAAAGGUUUGGCCGCGCAGCAUUCUCAAUGCUUCGCCGCGUGGUUCAUGAGCACGCCCGGCUUGAAAGUCCUGUCACCGUCGACCUGCGAGGAUUACAGGGGUUGCUUAAAGACAGCCGUGCGAGAUCCCGAUCCCGUAAUCAUGCUAGAGAGCGAGCUUCUUUACAACAUCGAGUUCCCCCUGUCGGAUCAAGCUAUGGACAAGGACUAUCAGAUACUCAUCGGCAAGGCUAAAGUGGAGAGACCUGGCAAGCACAUCACUUUAGUGACGCACGGUCACGCGUACGUGUAUACGCUUCAAGCGGCCGAUUUGUUAGCUAGCCAAGGUAUCGAGGCGGAAGUUAUCAAUCUACGAUCACUGAGACCUUUAGAUUGGGACACAGUAUUCAAGUCGAUCGGAAAAACACACAGGCUAAUGACCAUCGAACUCGGCUGGCCUAGAUGCGGAGUAGGAGCCGAGAUCGUUGCGACGGUGAUGGAGAAUCCAGUCUUCUUUCAGCUAGACGCACCUGCGGUUCGAUGCACCGGCAUCGACGUUCCAAUGCCUUAUUCAGAGAAGAUCGAGUACGAAUGUACCCCGAAGGAUCACCACAUAGCCGACUACGCCAAACGCAUCUGUGGCACAAAAUUCUAAAGUUUCUGAUAUUUCGCAAUUUAUAGAAUAAAGUUCUUCACUCACUGAA